CAUCUCGGCUCGUGGCCAUUGGCCCCUGGCAGCCCUGGCCCCCUGGCACCCCUCGGCGGUCUCUGCCGUGGUUGUGCCUGCGCCUUCGCGCUCUAGCUGCUCUUGUGUCCCAUACCGUUCUCGCUUCAAAAAUAUUCAAUUCGUGCAAUUGGUUUCCUCAAAAUUGUGAACGGUAUGGCGUUCUGGGAGAAAUAUUUAAGCUGAUAUGCUUUCCCCAGAGCAAAGACACUGGCGUGGACGCUCCUUCGAGAUCUGAUUUCUAGAGUGAGCGUUUCCCGUCGUAGGAAAAAAAAAUGGGCGAAGAAGCGUCGUCUGCAGACCCGUCCAGCUGCAUUAAUGCAAGGAAUCAUAACUUGGCGUGUGGUGUCGUUGAAGGAUUUUAUGGACGGCCAUGGACGACUGAACAACGCAAAGACCUUUUUCAAAGAAUGAAAAAAUUGGGCCUGAACACCUAUAUGUAUGCACCAAAAGACGACUUCAAGCACAGAGCAUAUUGGAGAGAACUUUACACAGUGGAGGAAGCAGAGCACCUGACGAACCUUAUCCAGGCAGCUAGGGAAAACUCGGUCAAUUUCUACUAUGCCCUGUCACCUGGUCUAGACAUCACUUAUUCUAGUUCAAAAGAAGUCUCCUGCCUCAAGAGGAAACUCGAGCAGGUAGCUCAGUUUGGGUGUGGUGCAUUUGCACUCCUCUUUGAUGACAUUGAGCCAGAGAUCAGUGAGACAGACAAAGAGGUGUUCCAGUCAUUUGCACAUGCCCAAGUGUCUGUCACGAAUGAAGUCUACCAGGACCUGAACCACCCCAAGUUUAUUUUUUGUCCAACAGAAUAUUGUGCUGCCAGGGCUGUUCCAAAUGUUCAGAAUUCUGAGUACCUGAAUACUAUUGGCCUGAAGCUAAUGCCUGGAAUAGACAUCAUGUGGACAGGGAACAAAGUGAUUUCAAAAACAAUAACAGUCCAGUCGAUUCAGGAGCUCACUGAAGUGCUGCGUCGGCCCCCAGUGAUAUGGGACAACCUACACGCAAACGACUAUGACCAGAAACGUUUGUUCUUGGGACCAUAUAAUGGCCGGUCAACAGACUUGGUGCCUCAUUUGCGUGGGGUCUUGUCCAACCCCAAUUGCGAGUAUGAGGCCAACUUUGUCCCAGUUCACACGUUAGCCCAGUGGAGCAAAUGCAGCAGUGAUGGCAAGACAGAUCUGAAUGAGUCUGUGAGUGCAGAUAUCCGGCUUGAAACUGAGGGUGAGACAGAAGAAAUGACCUCGCACUUGGAACCGCAUGCAUACCACCCACGGAAAGCGCUGCGAGCAGCACUUGUUGACUGGUUGCCCGAGUUCUACCGGACCAAGAGUGCGUAUGGACGGCUUCUGUCUGGUGCCUUUCUGGCUGGUGGAGGCACACCAACCCCGCCAGGUGGCAAUGCCAGUACCAGUGCCCCUGUAGCAAGUAGCGGCAAUAUUGAUGAAGCGUCUGCAUUCCAGCCACUGUCAAGUGAGUUGGUUAACUCACUUGUACAGCUGCCUUCGACUCCACUGGAGCCCAUGGACUGCCACUCGUCCAGUGAAGCCAUGCAAACAGAAGACCCAAUAGAUGACACACGGCAGUUGACAUUGGAAGACCUUGCCCUUCUGGUGGACCUGUUCUAUUUGCCUUUCGAGCAUGGAAACCAGGGAAUUGCUUUCCUGCAGGAAUUCCACUGGCUCCGUGUCAAUGGCCAUGUUGUAUGGGAGCGCUGCAAGCAAGGAAAUGCAGAUUCUGAAGCAGGGCUGGCUGAGCUUGAGGAGUGGCGUAAGCGGGCAUCUAAGUUUGACCAAAUGACACAAGCCGUUGGACGGCUGUUUGGACGGCUAACAUUUGUGCCCAACCGAGCCUUGCUAUAUGACCUGUACCCAUACCUCUGGGACAUCAAGGGUGUCAUCUCAUUGCUCAACUCGUAUGUCAAAUGGAUAGCUCUGGGAGACGUGCCGUGCUCUUCUCCAUUGGGCUUUGCCUCGCCUUCGUUCUCAUGGUUCUCAAAGGGCUACAAGGAAGCAUUUAUCAGUGGCGAGCAAGAACCUUGGCUCUUUCGGGGUGGGUUGACAGCUGAGCUACAGCGGCUGCUCCCGUUGGAGAGUGUGAGUGAUCUGUUCCUCUACAAGCCUCCAGAGUCACCCAGCGACAAAACGUACACCAUUCGGCCAUACCUCCCCAGUGAUGAACCACUUGUUUAUGAGGUGUGUCGAAAGACCUGUGACGAUGGUAUGGAUGGAACACAGGUGUUUCCAGAGUUUCCUAACCUCAUUGGUGAUAAGCUCGUACUUGAAUUUCUGCUGGUCGGUGGUUUUCUAACCCUGAGCAACGAGUACUGCUUUGUUGUGGAAGACGAGGCAGGGGUGUGUGGCUAUGCAUUGGCUGCACUUGAUGCCCAGCAAUUCAACAAGAAGCUGGAAGUGGCCUGGAAGCCCGAACUGUGCAUUAAGUAUCCUGCACCCAUUAAGGAGCCCGCAGAGAUGCUUAGCCCUGCUGAGGAAAUAAUGAGCAGCUUCCAUUCAAGGGCUGUCAAAGUCCCAGACAUUGUAUACAAGCAUCAUCCAUCACGUGUGACCAUGAGUAUGCUGCCCUCAAUCAUGGAUUCUAGCGUGUCCAAGCGUUUGCUGGCUUGUGUGCUGGCUGCACUGAAGGCAAAUGGAUCACAUGGUGUAUUUUCUCAAGUUACGGUGGGAGACAAGAACGUCGUUGACUUUUACACAAAGCUGGGCUUCCUAGAGAUUGCUUUGCCAGACUUUCUAAGCGAUGACGUUUUCUUCCUUGGCCGGACCUUCUAGCCCCGAGGAUGUGCCUACAGUGCAUUACACUGAAUAGGCAUCUCUCAACUGCAGCAUGCUCGCUACAUUCAGAAUGUGCCAGCUGUGGCAUGAGCUGUUCCAAGGAGAAAGAUCCCAUUUUGGGUUAUGUUUAGAUAAACACCAUGUAAAUAAAUUUUUAAUGGAUCCUUUCUCUAUCACUUUUAAAA